AAAAUCUUACAUUUUUAAAAUUAUUUAUCACCCUAUAAUCCUAAAGGCAUGUUUCUUAUACCACGCUGUCCGGUGAAUGUUGCUACAUGGGUGCAGGUAAAUUUUUCUUAUAUGCGUGGCCAUUUUAACUGAUUUCGUGUUACCGCAAAGGUUUGUAAUUUUUGCAUGCCUUAAUGUAAUGCGAAUAAUUCUCAAAAACAGUUUGGAUAAUAAUCGUUAAGUUGAACUUCACUUCAGUUUGUUUUAAAUACUGCAUUUGAGAAGUUUGUCAUAGAAAAAAGCAUUAUAAUAGAGAACGGUUUGCAAAAGUGGCAAGGAAAAACGUGAUUUGUUGAGGUGAAUGUAGUGAACGCUAAGAAAUUGUGGAACGUUAGGAAAGAGUAACCAGACCUCCCGAAAGCAUACAAGUUAAUAAUCUUUGCAAUCAAACAAAGAGAAGUAAAAACGUGUACGGUUCCAAAUUCGUGUACGUGUGUGUGCUUGAAAAUUUUGUGAUAAACGUGGAGGAGGAGAAAAGGUGUCUCCAAUAAAAUAAAAAAAUACACCAUCUUCGUCAUCGAACGAAUCUAAUAUACUUGCGAAGAUCAACUAAUCCUGAACGAUUGUGAGAAUAACCAAGAAACACAUUUAAUAGCAAAUAUGGCACAGGAUAACACGGAGAUGGCAACCAAAUUUUCCACACUGAAUGUGAAUGCAGUUGAAUUUGUUCCCAGUUAUGGUUACAGUAGCGUUGCAGCAAGUGCGGCAGCGGCGGCGGCAGCUGCAGUAACUACAGCCGGUACCACACCAAACGUUGUCCCUAUGGAAGCAUCAUCUCUGCCGGCGUCAGGUAGUGCCACUCCCGCCACAACCCCAGAUUCGGCAGGUUCGGGUGGCUCUACAAAUGCAUUAAAUGCCACUGCCGCGGUCGCUACCUUACAAGCGGUACCGCCUGGAACAACAGGAGAAACUCCUGCUGAUUCCCCAAUGCAAACAUCGCCUGUUACAACGCCUUUAGGGGCAGCGCCCAUUGAAAACAUCAACACCGCAGACAAAAUUGCUGCCAACAAUGAAAAUGACCCAGCCGAUAGUUGGGACGUUGAAGAUGAUCCUGUCAUAACACCGGAAGACGAGGAACCUGACGAAGCUAUUGAUGAUGUUGAAAAUGAUAUUACGCCUAAAGUUUCAAAAAAGAAAACACCGAAGGUUGAAGAGUCCCGUAGUAAAAAAGAACAUGUUAAUGUUGUUUUCAUUGGACAUGUUGAUGCUGGAAAAUCAACAAUCGGUGGUCAAAUAAUGUACCUCACAGGUAUGGUUGACAAACGUACACUAGAAAAGUAUGAGCGUGAAGCACGGGAGAAGUCGCGCGAAAGCUGGUAUCUUUCGUGGGCUUUGGAUACAAAUCAGGAAGAACGUGACAAGGGAAAAACUGUCGAAGUGGGCAGAGCAUUCUUUGAGACAGAGCGUAAACAUUUUACUAUAUUAGAUGCACCAGGUCAUAAGAGUUUUGUACCCAAUAUGAUUGGUGGUGCUGCUCAAGCUGAUCUGGCUGUUUUGGUCAUUUCGGCUCGAAAAGGUGAAUUCGAAACUGGUUUUGAUCGUGGAGGACAAACACGUGAACACGCUAUGUUGGCUAAGACUGCUGGUGUUAAGCAUUUAGUGGUAUUGGUUAAUAAAAUGGAUGAUCCCACUGUAAAUUGGGAUGAAAUACGUUACAACGAAUGUAGGGACAAGAUUCUACCAUACCUCAAAAAAUUGGGUUUCAACCCUUCAAAGGAUUUAACCUUUAUGCCUUGCUCUGGUUUGGGCGGAGCUGGUUUACGUGAUCCUGUACCAGACGAUAUUUGCCCCUGGUACGGAGGGCCGGCAUUCAUACCAUUUAUUGAUCAGUUGCCUUCGCUCAAUCGUAACGCAGAUGGCCCAUUCAUAAUGCCUAUUGUUGACAAAUAUAAAGAUAUGGGUACAGUGGUAAUGGGAAAAGUAGAAUCAGGCACUGCGCGAAAGGGGCAAAACUUAUUGGUGAUGCCAAACCGGACACAAGUGUCAGUGGAUCAACUAUUCUCUGAUGAUGAUGAAGUUACUUCUGUGGGUCCUGGCGAGAAUAUCAAAGUUAAACUGAAGGGAAUUGAAGAGGAAGAUGUUUCACCCGGAUUUGUUCUAUGCGACGCUACCAACCCAAUUAAAACUGGCAAAGUUUUUGACGCGCAAGUCGUUAUUUUGGAGCACAAAUCCAUUAUAUGCGCUGGUUACUCGGCGGUUAUGCAUAUUCACUGUGCGGCAGAGGAGAUUACAGUGAAAGCCUUAAUUUGUUUGGUUGACAAAAAGACCGGCGAAAAAUCAAAAACACGUCCAAGAUUUGUUAAGCAAGAUCAGGUGGCAAUUAUGCGCAUUGAAUGUUCCGGAAUGAUUUGCCUUGAACAAUUUAAACUAUUCCCACAGAUGGGUAGAUUUACACUUCGCGACGAAAACAAAACUAUUGCUAUUGGCAAGGUAUUGAAGGUGAUCGAAUAAAUUGAGCACAGCUAAAUUCAUCUAAACGCCUUGCUUCUAUAUAAGAAACAAAAUAUAUGAUAAAUGAGCAGGAUCGGACUCGUUAAACGUAAAUCAUUAACGCCAUUUCACAUUAACUAAAAAUUACACAGAAGUUGGGCAGAGUAGAGUAUGAAAAGGAGUAUAUAACAAAUAACAAUACACAAACCUUAUAACAAUAUAAAACGAACGAACACAAGAAUAUGAAAAGUAAACGUAAAUAUAUAAUUAAUUAUAUUAUUGCUAUAAUUAAAUAUGAAAAAAAAACAACUUAUAUAUAAUUAUUGAUUUUAUUAUUUUCGGUUAAAGUUGAAAUAAGUUCAGUGAAAACGUAAAUGUUAAGUAACACGCAAAGGAAAAUUUAACAAAGCUGCUGCUAAAAGUAAGCAACAAGUAAUUUUGAAAAUGAUUUUUUUUUACAUACAUAUAUAAAUCGAUAGAAUUUUAAAAUCGAAAUACUAAAGCAAAUAUAAAUAAAUUAGGGCAGUUCCCUUCAAUAAGUGAAAAUUACCACAAGCUAACUUCAUAUGUAUUGCAACGCGCUAAACGAAAACUAGACCAUACAUACGAAACAACAACACAAUGAGCUACGUUCCACAGAAUAUCAGUGAAAUAAAAAAAAUAUGAUAUUUUAGCAAUAUUUAUGGAAAUUAUCUUUGGCCAUGUACCAUAAAUCUAACAAAGUGGUUAUUGGUUACAGUCUAACGUCGACUAGUCUGACAAAGCGGCAGAAAGGUAAUACUCUUACAUAUAUACAUAUGUAUACACACAAAGUUACCUAAAUAACUUAAAAAUAAAUGCUGUAAGGUAUUUUCUACUCAAAUGUUGCCUCGUUAUUUCAACAAAUGAACUAUAUUAGUAGGUUUGCGUAAUGUUUUUGUUUUUUGUUAUUUUUUUUUAUAAAAAGACAUUUUUAGUUUUGCGGCAUGUAGACAUGAUAAGACUGCGUGUUAAUCAAAAUCUUAUGCGUUUCCAUGAUGAAUAUGUUUUAGACUGCUUUUGGUAGCAAUGCCUAAUCAGCAUAUAAUAGCUAUAUAUAUAUUUUUAACCAACACAAACAUUAUAUGCUUAGUUUAUAGAAAGUAAAAAACUACAACUACAUGGGAUUAUAUCGGAAUGUGCUUUUGUAGUACUUGCAUAAAUAAUUUACUUUCCAAUGAAUUUUAUUUAAUUUUAUUCACAUGUUUUAACUAAAUGUAAUAUAUUUAUGAAAUUUUUUUUUUUGUUUUUUAGUUGGUGAAACCAUGAAAUCAAAUUUCGUUGUCACAUUAUACUUAUUUCUAUAUUAUUAAACGUUGAAAACAUAUUCAAACAAACGAACAGCAUUUAUCCUACUGAACAUUAUAGUAAAUAGCAAUUAGAAGCAACUUUUAUAAAGAUUCGAAUUUCCUUUUCUUUUGUGUUACAUAAAAAUUUAUAUUUAAAAAUGUAUGAUUGAACUAUAUCUUUAUUAAUGUAGGUAUGUGAGAAUUUCGACUACAUUUCUAAAAAAACAAAAAAACAAAAAUAAAAAAAUAAAAAAACAUUAUUAUUCAAAUAAAAACGACAUUAAUUGCUUUAAAACAUUGUAAACUUGUAAACUGAAACGAAAUACUGCAUACACAUUUUCCUCUUAUUUAUUGAAAAAAGAAAAACAAAAAAUUGAACACUACAGCUAAAAGAGAUGAAAGACAUACGCAUAUUAAAUGUCGGUGAAAUGUCAAUAAAGCGUAAAAAUGCUAAACAUAAA